CAGGGCGCCCUCCCGACAUGCUGGAGAAGGCGGGCUUCCCGCCGGCCAAGAGAUUCCGGCCAGGCUCCGCACCUCCCGGGAGGCGAGUGGUGAUGCUGCUGGCUGCGGGCGGUGGUGGUGGAGCAGGAGGAGGAGGGCGGAAGCCGGCGCCGCCGCUGGCCCAGCCUUCGGCCAGUCCCUACCGCGAGGCCCUGGAGCUGCAGCGCCGGAGUCUGCCCAUCUUCCAGGCGCGCGGGCAGCUGUUGGCCCAGCUCAGAAACCUGGACAGCGCCGUCCUUAUUGGGGAAACUGGUUCUGGAAAGACAACUCAGAUCCCACAGUACCUCUAUGAAGCGGGAAUUAGCCGCCAGGGCAUCAUUGCUGUGACCCAGCCACGUCGAGUAGCUGCCAUCUCCCUUGCUACUCGAGUCUCAGAUGAGAAGAGGACUGAACUUGGGAAGCUGGUGGGCUAUACAGUACGCUUUGAGGAUGUCACCUCAGAAGACACCAGGAUCAAAUUCCUAACGGAUGGCAUGCUUCUGCGUGAAGCCAUUUCAGACUCCCUGCUUCGGAAGUAUAGCUGUGUCAUUUUGGAUGAAGCCCAUGAGCGGACUAUCCACACAGAUGUACUCUUUGGAGUGGUGAAAACUGCGCAGAAGAGACGAAAGGAGCUAGGGAAACUGCCUAUCAAAGUGAUUGUGAUGUCAGCUACAAUGGAUGUGGACCUGUUUUCUCAGUAUUUCAACAGAGCCCCAGUCCUCUACCUGGAGGGUCGGCAGCAUCCAAUCCAGAUUUUCUAUACCAAACAGCCUCAGCACGAUUACCUGCACGCAGCUCUUGUCUCCGUCUUCCAGAUCCACCAGGAAGCCCCCUCUUCUCAAGACAUCUUGGUGUUCCUCACUGGUCAGGAGGAGAUUGAAGCAAUGAGCAAGACCUGCCGAGACAUUGCAAAGCACCUCCCGGACGGCUGCCCUGCAAUGCUCGUCCUUCCUCUCUAUGCCUCCUUGCCCUAUGCACAGCAGCUCCGAGUCUUUCAAGGGGCCCCAAAGGGCUAUCGCAAAGUGAUCAUUUCAACCAACAUUGCUGAAACCUCCAUAACCAUUACAGGAAUAAAAUAUGUAGUUGACACGGGCAUGGUUAAAGCAAAGAAGUACAACCCUGACAGUGGACUUGAGGUACUAGCUGUGCAGCGGGUAUCAAAGACCCAGGCCUGGCAGCGCACAGGAAGGGCUGGCAGAGAGGACAGUGGUGUCUGCUACCGGCUCUACACUGAGGAGGAAUUUGAGAAGUUUGAGAAGAUGACUGUGCCAGAGAUCCAAAGGUGUAACCUGGCAAGUGUGAUACUUCAGCUCCUGGCAAUGAAAGUCCCCAGUGUGCUCACCUUUGAUUUCAUAUCCAAACCAUCUCCAGAUCACAUUCAGGCGGCCAUUGCCCAGCUGGACCUGUUAGGUGCUCUUGAACAUAAGGAUGACCAGCUUACCCUGACUCCAAUUGGAAGAAAGAUGGCAGCAUUUCCUUUAGAGCCCAAAUUUGCCAAAACUAUCCUCCUGUCCUCCAAGUUCCACUGUACAGAGGAGAUCCUAACCAUUGUUUCCCUACUGUCCGUGGACAGUGUUCUCUACAACCCUCCUGCCCGACGGGAUGAAGUGCACAGCGUCCGCAAGAAAUUCAUAUCCAGUGAGGGGGAUCACAUUACCCUGCUCAACAUCUACCGGACCUUCAAAAACAUAGGUGGAAAUAAGGACUGGUGCAAAGAGAAUUUUGUCAACAGCAAGAAUAUGAUGCUAGUGGCUGAAGUCAGAGCACAGCUGAGAGAAAUCUGCCUAAAGAUGUCAAUGCCAGUCAUGUCAUCGAGAGGGGACAUGGAGAGUGUUCGCCGCUGCUUGGCGCACAGCCUCUUCAUGAGUACUGCUGAGCUCCAGCCAGAUGGUACCUAUGCUACCACAGAUACACACCAGCCAGUGGCCAUCCACCCCUCAUCUGUCCUCUUUCACUGCAAGCCGGCCUGCGUUGUGUACACUGCAUUGCUCUACACCAACAAGUGCUACAUGCGAGACCUCUGCGUUGUGGAUGCCGAGUGGCUAUAUGAGGCUGCCCCUGAGUACUUCCGGAGGAAGCUGAGAACUGCCAGAAACUGAGUCAACCCAGGAUGCUGCCAGCAUGGCUGGGCCUGGAGCUUAGAUCACAGCUGUCCUCAUAGCAGACUCCAAGGUUGGCAGCUAAAGAAACUCAAGCCUUCAGUGCAGCUGAAUUUGCCCAGCUUUCAGGAGCUUGAGAGUGUCUUUGAUGAAACCCUCAGACUGAACCGUGUAGACCUGUAUAUAUUUAUACCUUGAGAAAUUCAGAAUUAUGCUUUUGGUUCUGGCUGGGUGAUUUUGGGUGGCUGAACUGACUUCUGAACCUCAGUUUCCUCAUCUGCCAUGGGGGAUAAUAUAUUUAAUUUGUAGAAUUCAAGUCUUAAAGUUCAGAAAAUGAGUAGAAAGUUACCCAGAGAUUGGCCUAACAUAAUGUGUCAGUGAAUUGUAAGCCAUUGUGCUUAAUGUUACCAUUUGCUACUUGAUACAAGAUGGUAGAGCAGAAGUCCUCUAAGUUCUUGUGAUGAAAGGGAUUUUCUGGAAUGGGGCUACCGGAAGCUGCAGAUCCAGUCUGUUGUCUUCAGUUCUACUACUUUUUUUGCUAAGUAUUGAACCCAGAGCCCCAUGCAUGCUGUGCACUCUGCCACUGAGCCAGAUACCUAGCCCUCAGUUCUACUUUAGCAUCUACCUAUAUGUCUUUAGUUUAAGCAUAAGAAACUGACUUCUGUAGACAUAUCAGGAGGGAGGUGUAGUUGUUUCUGACCUCCUAUUGAGCCUCAUGUCUCAGGGUGUGAACCAUUCUCUCUGCUAUCUCCAAGCAGAGAUGAGCAAAGGAUUCCCUUGGUCCUCAGUGCCUCUGUGGUUGCUUGUCCCUAGCAAUGCUUUCUGGAGAAAUACAGGUUUCCUGGUGAAAGUGGCUUUGAAACUUCUGGAUCAUGUUAGGUGUGGAUAUGGAAACCAGAUUUUUAGUGUCGUGGCCUUCUGAAACCCAGUCAUUCUUUUAAACUGGGCACCUAUGAAUCUGUGCACACAAGGGGCGGUCCUAUGUUCUUUUCUGUUGUUUGGCUUCAGGCGGGGGCCCAGGUCACAGCAAUUGGGGUGGGAGGGAAGAGAUACAUGCAUGAUCAGUGAGAAACCUCCCCACAUCUGCUCUUUAUAUUUUUGGAUCUUACUGAUUUUUCCUUCUUUGUAGGGACUUGGAGACAAUGUAGCUUUGCUACUUCUAACUGCACCAGACCCCCCCCCCCACCAAACCCUCAUUGUCUGCAUUUGUCAGAGGAGAUUUCAUAAUCUCUGCAUUCUUUUCCUGUUUAGAAAAGACAUUAAAAAUUCAUCUUAGCUUAUUAUUAAAAGGGAACAAUCUCUGGGCAUGGUGGUAUACACCUGUAAUCCCCAGCUGAGAUAGAAUUGAGUUUUGAGGGUUUUACUAUACUGGGUUUUACUAUACUGAGACCUGUGUCAGCAGAGAAAAAAAGCACUUCCCAGACAAUGUCUGAACUUAGGAAAAGCCAAAUUUAGUCCUUUUCUUUUUCUUAGUUGGUCAAAACAUAUCUGUGCUACUAGUAUUUUGUCAUUUAUACAAAGAAUUGCAUGUUGUUUAUAAGCAAGAGGCCAAAUUGCUUACAAGGUACUUCAAAAACAGUGGGCAGUUUAUUCAUUCUGGAUCCAGCAAGCUCUUUCCAGAGAUCAUUGCCUGAUUUGGGCACUUCCAUUUCCAGGGUCUCACUGGUCCACAGGUGUGUGUGCUGAGUCCAGCCAGUCUGUAUUCUAACCCUAGCCAUGACCAUGAGCAAUCAAGCUUUUUAGCCGUGUUAAAAUUGUCUGGGUACUUGUGAUUUACUUCUAUGAUAAAUGGUUACAUUUAGACUAAAUGGGAUCAGACUUUGACCUGGUUCUUCCACAGAUGGGCUUAUUUUUACCAUACUAACUCUGAAAAGCUCUCUAGGAAGUUUUUUGGUGUUUUUUUUUUUUUUUUUUUUUCUUUUAAAGUAUAUUUUUCUUAUUUACACUAAGGGGUUAGGGUAUUUAUCUAACCUGACUUGGUAAGAGAAACUUUUGUAUUUUUAAUAGAAUAUUCAUUAUGCUGGUUACACAAAAGGAGGUGGGCAAUAUAUUCCUCAGCAACUAACUGUUCCUCAGUAAAUUAACAAGAAAUGUUUUCUGAAUCAAGGAAAAACUUAACUUGUAGUAAUUUAUGUCCAGUGUAAGUACCCAAAAAAUUCCCCAAAAACUCUUUUUUUCCUAAAGCUUAUGUAAAGGUUACAUCUUCUAAGUAGCUUUAAUGUUUCUGUACAGAAGUAUGUUUAUCACUGUUAACAUUGUGGUAGAAUUUUAUUAUGGUAUUUAUUUUUUUAUUGGGCUUUUUAAAACCAGCUUUUUAACAAAGCUGCUCAGGGAUUAAAUCAGAUGGAAAUCCCAUCCUGACUCCACAUAUCACUACAAAGAAUUUAUGAUUAUCUUGAGCUGCAGGGAUAGUACACUUUAACCUUUCUUAAGAAAAUUAAAUGUUUCACAAUUUUAUUGCAAUUCAAUCUUGAGGUACUCUUUUUCAAACUCUUUGGUAGUGUCACACCACUUUCCAACCUGAAAAACCUAGACAGAUAACAAGUUCCAUAUGCAUCAAGUAAUCAUGAACCCCAACAGCCCUGCAUGCCUCUGGUGUUUGUCCUCUUCUGCCAGUAAUCAUGGAGUGUGCAACACCCAGGGCAACACUCAUUACAAACACCAGGUCCCUGGUAAAAACUCUUAAUGUUGCAUCUCUGCUAGUUGUAAAGAGAUUCUAAAAUGGGAGCAAAACAUUGCCUGUGACCCAAUCUAGCUACCAAGAACUGCUUGCAACUGUCGCCAUGCGUCCAAGAUGCCAUUCCUUGAACACAUUAAGUGACACUGCACCUGUGGAGAAACAGUUUUGUACUGAAUGCUAUAAUGCAGGAAAAAAUAAAAACAAAUCAGGUUGAUUUGGGCUUAUGCUGUAUUGUUUGGUCUUAGAUGUAACUUUAAAAAUAUCAGCUCUUGUAUAUAAUCCUCAAAUUUGCACUUGACUCAAAUCCAUAAAAAAAUGAAUCUUGUACUUGA